GCGUUUGAUCAACGCGUUCGCGAUUAUCGUUCUAAACUGCAAUUUUCUAAACGCAUUGCGGGCUGUGUUAGUGUAUAAAUAGUGUAGUUAUUGGUGUUAUAAUAAUGCUUGUGGAACUUUGAGUCAAGGAAUUUGCUUUUGAUGCUUGUGUUAGCGACUGGUGUAAAUUCGCUUUUCAUCAGAAUUUUGGAAUCAUUUACUAGUUCACCUUAUCUGUUCAAUAAUUUCCGUCGAAAUUUAAACAUUUGCUGUUAUACGCUCCAGUGAUUUCAUAAUAUUUUGUCGAUUGUGUGACGCAACCCACGUGCACAAUACAUCGCGCAUCUCAUGCACAUUUGUUAUUAUUUUGUCGGUGAGUCCGCAAAGCAGCCAGUGCACUGUAGAGGAUAAGUCGCGUCGCUCGUGUCGCUCGCGCCUCGUUAGAAUUUGUCGGGUGAUGAAAGAGUGAUCGCUGUUGGUUGUGCAUCGGGUGCGCGAGGAUUGCGCUCUUGUGUGGCUCGGUGCAGUGGCAGCGCACACGUGACCCGGGACGAGUGUUUGGGUGUCAGUUGGCUGCGGUUCGCGAGCGCACGCAAACAGUCCGCCUGCAGUGCGGAGCGCGGCGGGCGUCAGAGGUGAAUCACCGCUGGGUGCCGUGUCGGUCGUGUUUACCCGCGAGUGCAUCGAAUAAGUGCGGAAGUGCAUAAGGCAUGUGCGGUGCGCCUCGCUGAUGAGACCGCGGCGGCGGCGUUUGAGCGCGAGUGAGUGAGUUAUGUCUCUUGGGUUAUGAGUGUGUGACAAAGUUGUAGUGCUGAGGACACUGGAGCCCCUAGACGGAGUUGGGCCCGCCGGGGCGGCCCUGGUGCUUCUCGGGGCUCCGCACGAAGGCAAAAUGGCAGCGUGGAACCGCCACCACCAUUUUAGUAUGCUCGUGGAUGAAAAUGCCAAAAACAAAUUGGGCGUGGUCGGCGGCGGAAUGCCGGAGACGGGCGCUGGCGAGCGGCGGCACGUCCCUUUGUACGGGCGGCUGGUCGCCGAGGAGCAGCUGGCGUCCAUGAGCGCGCCCUCCGACAUUCAGGUGAGCGCCGCCGCGCGCGACCAUCGAGCUUUCUGCCGCUACUGUACCCCCACCACCCAGGCUAUGCAAGCCCGAAUACCACAUCAUUUUCGAGACCCCUCGACGGCGCCGCUUAGGAAACUCAGCGUUGACCUCAUCAAAACUUAUAAACACAUAAACGAGGUAUAUUACGCAAAGAAAAAGCGGAGAGCGCAACAGUACCUAGGCGAAGAUGGUUCGCACAAGAAGGAAAGGAAACUCUAUAAUGACGGCUACGAUGAUGACAACCAUGACUACAUCAUCAAGCAGGGAGAGAAGUUCCUCGAUCGGUACGAAAUCUCUUCGCCCAUAGGCAAGGGGUCAUUUGGUCAGGUUGUGAAAGCGUAUGAUCAUGAGGAACAGUGUCAAGUAGCGAUAAAAAUAAUUAAGAAUAAGAAACCUUUCCUAAAUCAGGCACAAAUAGAAGUCAAGUUACUAGAAAUGAUGAACAGGGCAGACGCUGAAAAUAAGUAUUAUAUAGUGAAACUGAAACGUCACUUCAUGUGGCGGAACCACCUAUGCCUAGUGUUCGAGCUGCUUUCGUACAAUCUGUACGACUUGCUGCGCAAUACCAAUUUUCGCGGAGUGUCGCUCAACCUCACGCGUAAGUUCGCGCAGCAACUAUGCACCGCGCUCUUGUUCCUUAGUCAACCUGAACUAAAUAUAAUUCACUGUGAUUUAAAACCCGAGAAUAUACUACUAUGCAAUCCGAAAAGGUCGGCCAUUAAGAUAGUAGACUUCGGUAGUUCGUGUCAACUUGGACAAAGGAUAUACCAAUACAUCCAAUCAAGGUUCUAUAGGUCACCAGAGGUACUACUCGGUAUACCGUACGACCUAGCGAUAGACAUGUGGUCCUUAGGCUGUAUAUUAGUGGAAAUGCAUACGGGAGAACCUCUCUUCAGUGGCGCCAACGAAGUCGAUCAGAUGAACAAGAUUGUUGAGGUUUUAGGAAUGCCUCCUGAUAAUUUAUUAGAUCAGGCUCACAAAACGAGAAAGUUUUUCGACAAGUUACCAGCUUCAGAAGGCGGUGGUUACGUAUUAAAGAAAGUCACAGGCAAAGACGGGAGUUACAGGAAGUACCGGCCGCCGGGUACGCGGCGGCUGCACGAGAUCCUCGGAGUGGAGGGCGGCGGCCCGGCCGCAAGGCGCCGCGGCGAGCCUGGCCACUCCGUCUCUGAUUACCUCAAAUUUAAGGAUCUAAUUCUUCGCAUGCUGGAAUACGAUCCUAAACAACGGGUGACACCGUACUAUGCGCUGCAGCACAAUUUCUUCAAGAGAACUGCCGACGAAUCGACAAACACGCAACAAGCACAGUCACAUCAUCAGCACGUGAGCGGUGCGCGCGUGUGGGGAGGCGCCGAGCGCAUGGAGGUGGAGAGCGUGCGGCGCGACGAUGACAUGCUGCAGCCCGUGUGCCAGCUUCAGCACAGUCCCGUGGCCAUCCACUAGUACGGCCUGCGCCAGACGCGCCACUCGUACCGCCAGCGCGCCGACGUCUGACAGCCGCGGCACCAGCGCGGCCUGCCGGCGCCGCUAAGACCCACAUCGAGUCGUGGCCGCGCAGGCGGGCCGCAGUCGCGACUCGAUCGCGAUGCGACUACCCACGACGGUGCUCUACGCGUUGUUCUGUAACAGCGAAAUGACAUCUGUCACUUGGUGUUCCAGAGUGACCGUAGUUUAAUCACGGCGAAUCGAGAGGAACCUCGAAGAACUGCCACUUGACUCGAACCGAGGAGAAAAUGUGCUCAAAUGAAUAAAAUGGUGUUGAAGGUUGUGUGAUUGACGAAAUUGUGAAAUUAGGUAAAAUGCGACGAGUGUGACGAGAUGCGUUGAACUGUGCCGAACUGACGAAACUGUUUUAACGAGGCUCUAGCAUUUGUAAAGCUGACGAAGACAUGCGUGAAAGUUGGUGUAGUGUAAGUAAAAUUGAAUAACUCUAUAUAAUAGUUAUAUAGAGAGCUGCGCCGUUCAUCGGCGUUAGUGAAUAAUUAUAGAACUUUUGAACUGACAUAAACAUAAUUUAUAGUUCUAUAUUUUUAUUUAAUGCGAUAAGUCUGACUGUAAAGAAAUUAAUACAUUUGUUACUUUGUAACAUUGUAUGAUUUGUUCUUAAUUAUUGCUUCACCGUACUUAGAGAAGAUUCCGUACGAUCACAUAAUGAUCCUUACACAAAUUCCGAAGCAUCGAGUGCAUAAAGGCUAGGUUUUUUUAUUGUUACGCAAUGCAUAUCAAGGACGCAAUAUGGUAGAAAAUAAAUAUUGUAUAUAAAAUGUAGGAAACAGACUAAUUACAGACUGGAACUUAAACUUAGUUACGACCUAUGCUAGUUAAGCUUUCAUUCGGUUUUAUUAUUAUCGCAAGCUUUAUAAUUUUAAAGUGUCGGCAACUGAUGACUGAAAUUCAAAGGGCCAACAUAAUUCGUUUUCCUAUUUACUCUCAAUAAUUAGACUUGUUUUCAUGAUUUAACAUUUUAAGCGCAAAUUGGUUGGAUUUGUCAUUACGUAAAAUUGUUUUUAAACUAUGCCCUCGCAUUACAGAGUUGUAUAAAUGUAAAUGUGUCAUUCUAAAUCUCAGCUACAAGUUUGUUUUAAAAUAAUUAUUUUGGGUUGUUUUUACCCACUGGAUUAUACAGAAGACAUGUACGACAUAUAGUGUAUAGGUAAUUCUAUAAAAUCACAAAUGUACUUGUAGGUUACGAGAAUGUUGAAUCAUAUAUAAAAUUUUUGGGUAUUUCAGAUAGGUAAUAAAAUUGAAUAACUGACUUGUUCAACCUUUUGGAUUUGAAUCUACAAUAGACUAACCUCAUUGCAACAGACUGGUCGAAACUUUGUAACAGAGAUAUUUUGUAUAGAGAACACUGAAUCACUGCCGUAUAGUGCCGGAUAUUUUUAUGAGUAAGGCCUGCUGCCCUCGCUGGCUUUCUCUGUCCGAUAUAUACAAUAUUGGUACCUUAGUUUGGUGCAAGUAAUAUGAAGUAACGAGAUGUGCGUUUGUAUUUUGAAUACGAAACAUGUUCCAAAUGGUGUUUUAUAUAUAUUGCUCACACAUAAAUGUAAGCGUCCAUAAAUGUCCACGUAGGCGGACGAGGCCGCGCGAGCACCAGGCUUGCGAUUAGCAACAUUAUUCUGAACUAUAUGUGACUAUAAAUCUUUGAUUCCAUUAACUUUAAUUUGAAUGUAACCAUGACUGAAGUGACUAUGUUCAAAAUGAAGCCGCUAAAGCAAUUCACAGCAGAUUUUUAUUGUACAGCAAAAUAUUGCUGUGGUAUUUAUAAAACUUCCUUUUAGAAUUGUAUUGUAUACACAGUGUUGUAUGGUACAAUUAUUUAUUUCUGUACAUGAAGCAUGAAAGUAUUUUCUUACUUUUGUCAAGGGAGAAGUUCUCCAUACUUGUAUUUUUUCAUAUUUCAUUGUAGAUCUAAUGAAUUAAUCUAUCCUAAUCUCUCUAUUUUGUACUGUAAAUUGUCGAAAUAUCUGUGUAAUAUUUACUAUAAUACUUUUCUGCUUCAUGGGAUUAAAGGAUUGUUAGAGUGAGUGUGACGUGUAGGGUUGAAAGAUUGUUUUAUUUAUACGAAAAACCUUUGAAGGCAGAUUUCCUUGUCUCGCUCGCGGUAUUUACCUGAUAACUUAAGAAAUCGUUGUUCCUAUUGUAUACGCACAUAUACCAGUAUUUUUGUUCCACUCUUUAACAUUAUAUUAUGGUGGAAAUAUUAUUCUUUAGUUGCAAAAAUCUAUGUGUUCAUCAGUUUAAGAUGUUUAGUUCAAUUCUUUAGGUAAAUGUUUUAUUUAUUUUAUUAGACAAGGUUUUUAGAGUAUUUCAUGCGAUUCAGUAGUUUUACGAAGCGUUGUAAUGUGUGAUGGGGAAAUUUGGGAAAUCUGCCUCAUUUCUGCACGACAUCCUAGUCGCGGAACGUCAAGCUAUUCCAAUUACUCAAGAUUGGCCCUAGAUGUUUGCGCUUGAGUUUGUAAUAUACUAUUCUAUUUCUUUGUACUACCAAUAUGGGAAUGUGUGAAGUGAAAGUGCGCGAGGAGCUAUGAUGUUUAUUUCCUAUCGAUUGUCAGUUCGCAGGCACUGUAACAAUAAAAGGAUAGAGCUUUAUGUCACUAAGUUUUGUAUUUUAAAUCAAUAAACGAUAGC